AUGGGCUUUCAAAGCUACAACUUCCGGUUUCUGGCAGGACAUGUUUCAUUGUAUCGCCGAAGCGUUGCGGAGAUUCUCGUUCCGGACGCGUCGCUCGUUCGUCUCUUCGGAACUGCUCGUCAUGAACGGGUUCAGCACGGAGGAGGACAGCCACGACGCGCCGCCCGCGCCGCCCUUCUUCGGCCAGAGCUGCUGUCUGAUCGAGGACGGGGAGCGCUGCGGCCGCGCGGCGGGGAACGCGUCCUUCAGCAAGCGCAUCCAGAAGAGCAUCAGCCAGAGGAAGCUCAACACACACACAAGGUUCGGCAUUUGUACAUCUGUGAUUUCCACAAGAACUUCAUCCAGAGCGUCCGCAACAAGCGCAAGAGGAAGACCAGCGACGACGGAGGAGAAUCCCCCGAUCACGAUGUUGAAGUGCCAGAGGUGGAUCUGUUCCAGCUUCAGGUCAACACACUGAGACGGUACAAGAGGCACUACAAGAUCCAGACCAGACCGGGCCUCAACAAAGCCCAGCUCGCAGAGACCGUGAGCCGUCACUUCCGCAAUAUUCCAGUCAAUGAGAAGGAGACGCUCACGUACUUUAUUUAUAUGGUGAAGAGCAGUAAAAGCCGGCUGGACCAGAAAUCAGACGGGAUCAAGCCAGUGGAAUGAAGCUCCCUCGGAUCUGUUAGCUGGCUUCACAAUUCCUCUCUGAAUGCUUGCUGUGUUUGUGUCCAUACGGGAGUCUCUUCAGUCGCGCGCUUGUGUAGUGAUGAUGAUGAUGAUGAUGACCCACAGUAACAUCAAUAUAACAUCAAUAUCACGCUGAUGCUCAGAUCUCACUAUUUAUCCAGCCAGGACCUGAUUGAAAGCAUGACAGAGACUGAAUGACUGCAGAUUUUCUCCUCCCAGAAGAGCCGGAGGUUUCCGUUUUUCGUUUCUUUUGUGUUCGUCUGCUCUGUGACACAAACAUGCCUCUGCUUUUAUACGACCGCUGCAUAUCUAUAUAGCUUUUUUUGUAGAUUAUAAUGUUAGUUUCCUUCCUUCCUUUGUUUGGAGUAACUCGUCUAAAUACAGUUCUUGUGGCACUACUCGUAUUAGGACUGAUUGUGUGUAAAUGUGUCACGCUCCAGCUGUAAAAUCAGCUUAUAUUUCAGGAUAACAGGACAUCAGACGAAAGAAUAUGAAUAAUAUCGCUCAGAUAUAGUCUGCUGAGACGCGU